AUGGCUCUAGGGAUACUUGAGCCUAGGGCGAAGAAAGUACCGGGAACCGCGAAUGUGUUGGAUCAAGAAUGGAAAAGAGAUCCGACGUUGAAAAGGGACAAGACUGGCAACAUUAUUCUGGUUCCGCAACCGAGCGAAGAUCCGAACGAUCCUCUAAAUUGGCCGUUAUGGCAAAGAGACUUGAUUCUCCUACUUCUUUGUGUCGUCGCCGCCAUUGCAACAACAGCAUCACCAUUAGUCGCCGCCAACUCCGUCGUUUUGGCUGUCGUUUUCAAAGUCAAGUUCCAAGAUGCAGCACUUCUGACCGCAUAUCAUCUCUGUGGUGUUGGAGUUGCUAGCUGGCUCUUCGUGCCUCUGGCCAGAGUAUGGGGCAAAAGACAUGUCUUUCUCUUUGGCGCAUUACUCAUGGUGGCUUCUUCAGCCUGGGGUGGUUCAACAGCGGACAACCUAAAUUACAGAAGUCUCACCUGGGCUAGGAUUGUGCAAGGGGUUGCGCUGGCACCAUUCGAGUCGCUGGUGAAUGAUGUUGUUGGCGAUCUUUAUUUCGUCCACGAACGAGGCUUCCGCAUGGCCUUCACCAACGUCUGCCUCUUUGGCGCUGCAUUUCUCACCCCGGUCUGUGUCGGAGUGAUAACCACUAGAGACAACCUCGGCUGGCAAUGGUCCUUUUACUUUCUUGCAAUAUUUAUGGCCGCAGGCUUUGUCAUGCUCUUCCUCUUUUUUCCCGAAACAACUUAUCAGCGACCUCGCUAUCUUCAGAUCGACAUCAAUGUUGGUCCAGUCCCCUUCCACGACCCGGUUCCACCUCCGCCGAAACACACGUUCCUCCACCGCCUGGCCCCUUUCAGCGGCCGCAAAACAGAUGAGAGCUUCUUGAAACUGCUCUUUCGACCUUUCCCGCUAUUUCUACAACCAGCAGUGGCAUGGGGUUGUUUGAUGCAGGGCGUCAUCAUCGGCUGGACCGUGAUCGUCGGAGUAAUCCUUGCCUUGAUUUUCCUCGGCCCUCCGCUUUUCUUUACAGAAGAACAAGCCGGGAAAAUGUACACCGCUGCGUUUGUUGGCUCUAUGAUCGGUCUGGUACUCGCAGGCAUCUACACCGAACUUGUGACUCGACUACUCAUCGUUCGCAACGGAGGUCAAUAUGAACCUGAGUUUCGCAUCGCACUGGUCAUCCCUACACUGGUCUUCUCUGCAAUCGGCUUAUAUGGCUUCGGUAUCGCAUCAGCCAAUAUCGAGAAAUACGGCUGGGUAGUUAUCGAAGUCUUCCUGGCCUGUAUCACCAUCUCCAUGGUCAUGGGCGCUACGGCAUCAGCCCAAUAUCUUCUCGACGCCCACCGCGAUAUUGCCAUCGAGACAUUUACUUGCCUGAUCAUCUUCAAGAAUUUGUUUUCCUUUGUUCUGGCGUAUUAUGCGUACACGUGGGUCCUGGAUAGAGGAUUUGAGAAGAUGUUUAUCAUUUUCGGGAGUAUAGAGAUUGGGAUUUGUGCAUUGAGCAUUCCUAUGUAUGUGUUUGGAAAGAGGAAUAGGGAGUUCUUCUACAGGCAUGAUAUACUCAAAUUGGCUAGGUUGAGGUAA